AUGGCCGGCAGCUCAGCUGCAAGUGCUGAGGAUCAUGUGCCCGCGCCCGACAACGCCGUGUUCUUCUUCACCUUUCUCCUCAUCACCCUCGCCAGCAUCACUGUCGGUGGUCUGCUGAAGCGCAAGCUUGACUUUCCAUUGCUCACCGGUUUCCUGAUCACCGGCAUCUUAGCAGGACCAUACGUUCUCAAGAUGUUGUCCAAAACUGAGGUGGACCAAUUGGACUUUGUCUUUGACAUUUGUCUCGGAUUCAUUGCCUUUGCAGCUGGCAGUGAACUCUAUUAUCCUGAAAUCAAAGAUUCCAUCCAAGCAAUCGUCAAGAUUACAACCGCUCAAACGAUCACCAUCCUCGUCCUGGGUACUCUGGGCGUGUGGGCCUUCAGCCCGAUGACCUCAUUUAUGAAGGACAUGGAACUAUCCCAGCAAAUAGCAGUCGCCUUGUUGACUGCUGCCAUUUUCAUUGCCCGAUCACCAUCCUCUGCCAUUGCCAUCAUCAACGAGCUGGGCGCCAAAGGGCCCUUUGUGCAAACGGCUCUCGGCGUCACAAUGAAAACGAUUUUCGCUGACGAUGAAAAGCUUCAGGGCGAGUUUGUCACUAUUCUGAUUGGAGAAGUCGUCGUCUCCGCCAUCAUCGGCUACGUUGCAAGUGCUCUAAUCAAGCUUGUGCUGCGGCUCGAAGAUCGGGCUGUCCGCGCCCAUGUCGAGAAACACCACCCUCGCUUCUUCCGUCGUUGGUGGCGACCGUAUCUCGAGGGCGAGGUUGUCCGUCUCCGUGGCAUACUCACGCUUGCCGUCGGCUUCUUGGUGUUUUAUCUGGCGGAAUUUCUCAAGACUGAGGCCCACAUUCAUCUUGAAACCCUGUUGACGUGCAUGGUAGCCGCGGCCAUCAUUGUCAACAGCGAUAAAAAGCGCUGCUCGGAUGGCCAUGUGAUUCACUUUCGCAAGCGCCUGCAUCACGCACUCGAAGCUGUUUCCGAGCCCAUUUACGUCGCCUUUUUCACCCUUGUGGGUCUUGGCCUGAACAUCUCCGUCAUCCCUGACGUCAUUGACGUUGCCCUUUACUUUUUUUUCCUUCGCCUACUCGUCCUGGCUAUCGGAUCAUUCAUCGGAUCCAAAUGGGCUGGUGACCCUCCUUUGUUUGGAAAGAUCUCCUGGUUGACCUACCUAACCCAGGCCGGUGUGGCACUGGCGCUGACAGAAGAAAUCAAGGAGGAAUUCCAGCCUUGGGGUGAGGAUUAUGCCACGACCGUUGUUUCAGUCUUGGUCAUUGGUCAGAUUGUCGGGCCAUUGACUUUCAAGUGGGCCGUACAGCGCGCGGGCGAAGCGCAUCAAGCCGGUGCGGCGGCCGUCAGCGGCAAUGCAGCCAAUGCGGCCGCACGCCUGAUCCAUGUCUGGUGGCACGAGGAGGAAGAGGACGGGCCUUCACAUGCCACCAGCUUUAGCCGAUUGCCCACCGCCGAUGAGCCUGUGGGCUUGAAUGAUGACAGUGUUCCCGCAACACCACUCAACGAAUCCACUAGCACCCUGCUUACCUGA